AGGAUUUUUCGGUCCUUAUCGUCGAUAAACGUUGUAGUUCACGGCACACCAACUUCCCCCACGUGAUGCAGUGGUUCAAUUCGAGGGGCGGAGAUGGCGACUUUGAUCGUCCCUCGGUGUCAACAAACGAAAGACGUAGUCGAGCAGAUGCAAACUAUGACGAAACCGACAAUGCCAACAACACAACGCCAAUGACUGCAAUAGGUGACUCUCCCGAGAAAGCUUUCUUUGCGUCCACGUUCGAUGCUUACGAGGAAGGCUCGCAGGUAUCUUCGAGGGAGAAAUUUCACCUUCAAUCGGGACAUUCAAACGGGCUUUCUGGAAAGGCAAAGUCGCUGCUAUACGGUGCUACAUCGAUUUGCUUCUUGAUAGUAAUAGUUGUACUCAUUGCCAUAGGUGCAACACAGGAUUUGUUCUCGUCUUCCACUGACAAGAAUGGCGCGGGAUCAAACCAGAAUGCAUCGUCGAUUGAUUUCAAAGAAGGCGUCGACGAGUUAUACCAAUACCUGAUAACUGUGGGGGCCAGGGGGGCCGCAAGUUUUAUCAACCCAAUCUCUCCAGAAUCUCAGGCUCUUGCAUGGCUGCAGCAGGAAGAUCCCCUGGAGUUGGAUCCGAAGGAUCCGCAACAGCAUUACCGAAUCAACCAACGCUUCGCCCUUUUGACGCUGUGGUUCCAAUCUGACUACGAUUGGAACGACCAAACCAAUUGGCUGUCCGAAGACGAUGAAUGCAGGUGGAAGGGUGUCACGUGCGUGGUGGUUUCGAAUUCGAACGAGGGAUCACUGCGCAACGGGGAUAAAAUCGUGCAGGUUCUGAACCUGGAAAAGAACAAUUUACAGGGGAAUCUUCCGCCGGAUCUGUAUCUCUUGAAAUAUCUGACGUCGCUGAACCUUGCCGGGAACCAAAUCGUAGGCGGAAUUCCACCGACGCUUAAUUCGAUGCUGUCGCUGAAGGAAAUUUAUCUGCAAGACAACAAUCUCUCGAGAGAGAUAACACUCGACUUUUCUCGAAUGUCGUAUCUGACCGAUCUGAAUGUUUCCAACAAUAAGCUAGAGGGCACCAUCCCUAAUUCGCUGUUUUCGAUCGCUUCUCUAAGUCGCAUUCAAUUGGAAAACAACAACUUCACCGGUGGGAUCUCGGGCGACGUAAGGAAUCUGAUUAAUCUUAGUAAGAAAAGCACUCGUUUCGAAUGGGAUUGAUCGCUAUAACUUUGCGCUGCCGAUAUUUGUGGUUUCUCAUUCUCUUCCUUUCCUCCUGCAGACACAUUCACCGCAGGAAAUAACGAGCUCAACGGAACUAUUCCUACCGAGCUUGGCUCUAUUGAGAAUCUCGAAGAAUUAUCGUUGAGAAAUAACUCAUUUGUAGGGAAAAUACCCGUUAAAUUAUCCGGCCUUUCUUCGCUCAGAUCCCUUGAUUUGUCGUCGAAUGCAUUAAAAGGUACCGUCUUUCCGCUUUCAAAUAUGGAGAAGCUAGCAACGUUGGUACUUGGAAACAACGACCUUUCCGGCGAAGUUCAUUUUGGAGGGCUGCAAAACCUGGAAGAGAUUAAUUUAGAGAACAACAAGUUUUCUGGCCCUUUGCCGAGAUUUCCGGAUUCUCCUGGCAUUCGAAGUUUGAGGGUGGGCGACAACAAUUAUGAUAGCCAACUAUUUCCCACGGAAUUUUUGGAGAUGACGAGUUUGACGAAUCUGGGACUAAACAAUCUUUAUCUAACAGGAGCUAUCCCGGUUGGCAUUGGAACGUUGACGAGUUUGGAAAUACUUAACUUGGAAGACAACUUAAUGAAUGGAGUCAUCCCUUUACCAAUCUCGGAUCUGACGGCUUUGACCGAGUUGUCGGUGCGGAAUAACCAAUUGUCUGGAACAAUACCGUUCGAGAUAUCCUACCUGACGAAUCUAGAGAAGCUAUCUCUUUCUUCGAACCGGCUCGAUUCGAACAUACCUGUUGCCAUCCGUCAUCUAACAGCUCUGAAAACUCUGGAAUUAGAGUCCAAUGUUCUCGAGGGUGAGAUUCCAUCGUCUAUAGUCUCUUUGUCAAUGUUGGAGACAUUGAAUUUAGCUGACAAUGCAUUGACUGGUUUGGUACCGCAAUCAUUGUGGUCACUUCCGUCGCUCCGUGAACUUGUCCUUGCCAACAACUAUCUUGUGGGACGGGUACCGGAAUUGAUUGGAAACUUGAAAAAGCUCGAAGUUUUGAAUCUUGCCGCGAAUACAUUUCACGGUCGAAUUCCCGAGAGCAUGACCUCUAUGACCAACCUACUAUCUCUAGACUUAUCGUUCAACUUUUUCGGUGGCCCGAUUCCCACCGACAUAGGGGGUUUGGAAAAUCUUCGCGAAUUGCUUCUUGGUACCAACUACGACGAAAGCGACAAGACAUUCGGCUUUGACGGAACGAUACCCUCGUCAAUAGCAUACAUGGUCAAGCUGGAACGACUGGAACUGAAUCGAAACAGAUUCUCUGGUGUUUUGCCUUCUCAUCACGGAUUUAUGAAAGCUGUCCAAGUCUACGAUGUUUCGGAGAACGAUGACCUGGCGGGGACGAUACCGACGGAUUUUUCCAAUAUGGGUCAACUGAAGGGGUUAAGAAUAUUUGGGACGAAGAUCGAGGGAACUAUACCGGAAGAACUUUGCAAGGGGGGGAUGUCGAUAGAGAUGGAUUGUGCAGGUGCCACAAUUACCAAUUGCGGCUGCUGUAUAUGUUCUCCGUAACGUGAUACGAUUAAUCUAUAAUAGUCUGAACACAAAGAUUAUCAUUACUACUACGUAGUUUCGAGCCGUUUCUUUUAUAAAGUUUGAUGCCACUC